AUGGCAGACGCAAAGAUCACAGAGCUGCUCAAUAAGCCUCGCAACGAGCUUACCGAAUAUGAGAUCGCGCAACUCGAGGAACAUGAAUUCACAUCGGGGCCUCUCUCUAUCCUCCAAACCGCCGUUAGAUCACACACCCAAGUCCUGAUUUCCUGCCGAAACAACCGCAAGCUGCUCGCUCGCGUCAAGGCCUUCGAUAGGCACUGUAACAUGGUGCUGGAGAACGUGAAGGAGAUGUGGACAGAGACGCCAAGGAAUAGUGCGGGAAAGAAGGGGAGAGCAGUGAACAAGGAUCGGUUUAUUAGCAAGAUGUGA